AUGACCUCCAGUGCGACCGUUGACCACUCUCGCGACCCCGCUGUUUCGCACGAACCGGAGCAUGCCCAGAUCACGGCCAGUACAGGAUCCCCCGAUAUCAUAUCACAGAAGGAGAAUGCUAGUCCGGCCGGGGGCAAUGCGGGGAGGGAGCCGACGGCAGAAUCGACAACAGAGGAGGUAGAUGAGUUUGGGCUACCGAUUCGAAUUCGUGCUCGGCCUGUACGCUCGAGUGAAUCGUCUGAUGAUGAGGAAUUCCACGAUGUUGGAGAGGCUGUCUCGGGCCCAGGUGAUAACCAGUCAACUUCACAGGAGAGCAAGCCCGUAACAAAUGAUCCAAAGCCAGAAGCACCCCAGGAGGAGGAAAACACAAAAUCAGUCGAGAAGGGAAAGGAUGCAGAGAACGGGACGCAAUCUUCACCAGCAGUCGAACAGCAUCCUGUUGAAUCUCCCCGAGAGAAGGAUUCAAGCGUACCUGCGAGCAAUGAGAAACAUGCUACCUCUGGUGGCUCACUCCCUGACCACGAGGACGGCCCCUCGCCGCCUCCUUACACGGAAAAGCCAAGUGCAGAAAACCCCUCUGCUUCUACACAGUCAGAUGCUGUACAAAAGAAACGGUCGAGUCUGAAAGCUUCGGAAUGGUCACAUCAGCGGCUUUAUGAGUCUAAGGAAUCGGAGGACGAGGAUGAAGUACAAAGUGAUGGUGGGUGGCAGGAUAUGCCUGCUAUUGACGAGUUCGAUGUUUAUGACGACUUUGGGAGACUAGUUGCUCGUGGUGCCAAACCAGAGGAUAAUGACGCAGUGUACAGGGGCUUGGGAGGCGCUGGAAAGGGCUAUACUCGAGUGCAACUUGAUGAAGACGCUCAGUCGGCGACAAGUCUAGAUGAAGAUACAAGCUAUCUGUUUAGGGAAGCAGCUCACAACUCUACUGGUGUAGAAGGGGAGGAGGAGCUGCGCGACGCCGUCAGUCAAUUGCAGGCCACAAAGGAUCUGCUGACGGAGAGUCAAAGGAUAGCAUACGUCGGAGUUGCCAGAUUGGCUAUAUUCCAGAUGACUAAAGACCUGGACCGGGUUCCCGCAACGAAGGGUACACGCAAGGCGAAACAAAAGACCAUUGACUCAAUGCGUCAAUGGGGCCAAACAAUCAUGGCUAGGAUCUAUGCUCAUAUGGAUAUCGACGCCGCUGAGCAGGUGAUGAUCGAACAAUUGGCGGAACAUGGCGUCCAACCUGCAGAUCUUGUCCGACCUCUCAUGCAGAAUGCUCGAGUCAAGAAUCCUUUAGCUGAGGAAGUUGACACGCCGAAGAACUCCCUAUCAUCCCCCGCGACUCCGAGCCUCAAGGAUGAAUAUCGAAGCAGUCUAUCCUCCGACUUUGACAGGUCAACGCCUCCUCCGCCUUAUGAGACACACGAAGGCGAAGAUCUUCCCGAAGUCCGAACCCCCUCUCAGCUUCCCACUUCGUCAAAGAUUGAUAUAGAUCUUCGGUGGACGGUGCUCUGUGAUCUCUUCCUUGUCCUCAUUGCAGAUUCGACUUAUGAUGCACGGUCACGAACGUUACUGGAAAAAGUAGGCGAGUCUAUGGAAGUGCCCUGGCUACAAAUUGCCCGGUUCGAAAAGCGCGUGGUCGAUGCUCUGGAAAUGCAGGAACAAGCGGACAAAGAAACCUGGGAUGAGUCGGAUCACAUGGAAAAACGCCGAAAGAUGGCCCUGAAGCGAAAAUAUAUCGUUAUGGGCCUGGCCACUGUUGGUGGUGGGUUGGUCAUUGGUCUCUCCGCUGGGUUGUUGGCCCCAGUGAUUGGUGCUGGCCUUGCAGCUGGGUUUACCACUGUAGGUAUCACAGGAACUGGUGCAUUCCUGGGAGGAGUGGGUGGUACGGCGAUUAUUGCUUCUGGAGCCACCUUGACCGGAUCCACGAUUGGGCUGAGGGCUUCCAACAGGCGUACAGGAGCUGUCCAGACUUUCGAGUACCGUCCCCUGCACAACAACAAAAGAGUCAACCUGAUUGUCACCGUGUCUGGUUGGAUGACUGGUAAGGUGGAUGACGUCCGAUUGCCCUUCAGUACGGUGGAUCCUAUCAUGGGAGAUCUGUAUUCGGUUCUCUGGGAGCCUGAAAUGCUUCGGAGCAUGGGAGAUACCAUCAAUAUUCUUGCUACAGAGGCAUUAACUCAAGGGUUGCAACAAGUCCUUGGAAGCACGGUUCUAGUAGCCCUAAUGUCGUCUCUGCAGUUGCCACUUGUCCUGACGAAACUGUCGUACUUGAUUGAUAACCCAUGGAUCGUUUCAUUGGCCCGCGCGAACGCAGCCGGGCUGAUUUUGGCUGAUUCUUUGAUGGAACGCAAUCUUGGGAAGCGGCCUGUCACACUCUUGGGCUUCUCUCUCGGCGCUCGCCUUAUUUUUUCUUGCCUCAAAGAGCUUGCAGAUCGAGGUGCUCACGGACUCGUGCAGAACGUCUAUCUAUUCGGGUCGCCUAUAGUGGCCAACAAAGAUGAAUAUUUAAAGGCUCGUGGUGUGGUAUCGGGCCGUUUUGUGAACGGGUAUUCCUCAAAUGAUUGGAUCCUGGGCUAUCUCUUUCGUGCAACAAGCGGUGGAAUCAUGCGUGUGGCUGGUCUCGCUCCCGUGGAAGGGAUCCCCGGCCUCGAGAACUUCGACGUUACCAAGCUCGUGAACGGUCAUAUGGACUACCGAGCAGCAAUGCCCCGACUGUUGAAAGAGGUUGGGUGGGAGGUUUUGGGAGACGAGUUCGCAGAGCUCGAGGACCCCGAUCCGGAAAACCACGCCGAGCGACAAAGAGAGCUUAUCCGUGAGAUCGACGAGGCUCGACGAGAAGCUGAGGCAAAGCCAGAAAAGAAACGGUUCGGUUUGUUCAAACGAGGCAAGUUGGCUCAAAAGAAAGGCUGGGAAACAUACGACGUGGAGCGUAACAAUGCCACACCGCGAGAUUCGGUCGAUAGCAACGGAACUGGAAGUGUGUUGUUUGAUAUCGAUGCGAUCAGAGCCGAACUCGCAUCCGAAAGUAUCGAAGUCAAACAGCUCGAGUCGACGCUGCCUCCUAUGAAGCUUGAUUUGAAUUCUCCGCCCUGCUCAGCCCCAGUUACGCCGGCUCCGUCCGAUAGCAAGGAUACUGCGAAAGCUGUCAAUCUCACCAAAUCCGCCCCUCAGUCGCCCCCCAAGCCUUACUCUGUGCCCAGCGCUUCCCAUGAUCUGCAGCCUUCUACCCAUAAAGAAGAAGAGAUAGAAAUGACGUUCGAUACCUCCUAUCAUGAGCCACCACAGCGUUCACAUUCAUUUUAUGAGCCCACAACUGCUCCUUCAUACGAUACCAAUUCUACACGGCCAGAGCUGCAAUCAUCAUUGACGACGCCAGCCGGUCUUGGUAUCGGUGCUGCUGCUGGUGUCGGUGCCAGUGCACUUGGCGCAUUGGCUCUGGAGCGCAAUGCCUGGGCUGAUCACGACAUAGGGAACGGGGAAGAAGGAGAGAUUUCUAUGAGUUUCGAGUGA